CUCGCGCUGACGACACCGUCAUUGCUACCAUCACUGACCACCACCACCACCACCGCGCCACCGCCGCCACUGCUGAUUGUCCUUGACGUCGGCACCGCCACCAUCGUCGGUAACAACAACUUCUACAACUCAGACCUUCAACACCAUCGCCGCAACCAUCGCCAGCAUAAUGUGCACGCCGCCACCGCUGCUGUCACGAGGCCGCUAUCAACACUACCCUCCACCUCAGUCGUAGUCUCCGCUGCGCCGCCUCCUUCCACCAACACCACGAUAGAGGAAAACUACCGUUUCCCCCCACCACCACCACCACCACCACGUCAAUGUUCAACGACAACAAAUCCCAUCACCGCCAUCAUCAUCAUCUUCAUCAACACCGUAUCGCCGUGGUUGUGUGGGGCUGCCUUGGGUUAAAUAACAACUCCAGCAGCAACAACAACAACAACGACAAACCACAUUAAUAACAUUGACAACUUUCACCUCCCUCGCCACCACCAUCAACAGUAUCUUCUGUCUCCAUCGCCGCCGCCGCCGCCUCGGCCACCACCACCACCAUCAUCAUCAAUAUACCAACGCCAAUGACAAACCCCCGGCGCCACCUUCUCCAUCAUUAACAACUCCCACCGCCAUCAACUCGGUUAUCUUCACGAUUAUCCUCCCCCCACCACCACCACGACUACCAACUGCAACCCCAGCAACAUUAAGAACAACUUUUGACGCUGCUACUGUCACCGACUCAACUACUAUCAACGCUAAUAGCCACAACCACCACCACUGCUACUACCGCCACCACCAGCACUACUACUACUAAUAAUAAUAAUAAUAAUAAUACUAUUACUACAACUAACGCUAGUAUUACUAGACUACCUUCUAAAACUAUUGCUACCAAACUAACACCACCACAACAACUACAAGAAUACCACCACCACCACCACUACUACUACCACUCGCACCACAUCCACUACAACACUGCAGACAUCAACUCCCACCACUACUAGCAUAAACUUUACAAACUACUAACACUACAGCCAAGACUGCUACAAUCCUUACAUCUACGAACACCACAACCACUAAUAACUGCAACUUCAAAAGACUACUACUACUACUACUACUACUACUACUACUACAACAUAUUCUACAUACAGCUACAACACUAACUUCUGAGACUCCUACCUGAAGCAAUACUACUAUUACUACUACUACUACUACUACUGCAACCAAUACUACAACUAUUUCUGCUGCAACUGCUACUAUUACUUGCACAGCCACCAUUACCACCACUGCUACUAACACUGCAACCAACAAAUGUCUUUAAUACUACUCAUACCACAAUUCUGCUAACUGCAACUUUUAAAACUACCAUUACUACUACUACUGCUGCUGCUACCGCAACACCAGCGCUAGCAACAACAAUAUCACUUCCACCACAACUACAAACAGCACCAAUACUACUACCAACAACAACCACAACAUCAGUUCGAAUACUACUACAGCCUAAACCCAUCCGGCCAGUAACCCUACACCAACGACCUGCACCAUUCCAUCGCCAACAGCCUCAACACCAACUUUUCGUCUUCUCCCACCAACACCAUCGUCACUACUGACAGCUACUAGCAGCAUCCCCAGCAUCCCCAGCAUCACCAACAACACCAACAACACCAACAGCAACUUGUUGCAUUACAACCACCGACGCUAACACUAUCAGCAACAACAACACUAAUAACUUUUAAUAUUACUGCUACCACCACCAUUACGAACUUCACAAGCUCGAAUACUAACCACCACCACCACCACCGCCGCCGCCGCCGCCGCCACCACUACGAACAACUUCCAUCAACAACAGCAACAGCAUCAGCAGCAAUAGCUGCUGCAGUAACCACAAUAACAACAACAUCAAGCCUCACUGCCAGAUGUGUUUUUAGUUGACUUGAGUAAUGCGACAGUGUAAACAUGGCGGCGGGAAUCGCACCUUUCAAUCCAGGUACAUCAGUUGUACCUUCAACGCAAGUGGAAUUAUCUGUCUCGUGCCGGAACUUGAGGGAUAGAGACCUGUUCUCUAAAUCUGAUCCAGUAUGCAUUCUCUACACAAAGAAUUUCAAAAGUGAAACGUUUUAUGAGUUCGGCAGAACGGAAACAAUCAAAGACACUCUAAACCCUGACUUCAUCAAAAAAUUUGUUAUGUCAUAUUACUUUGAAGAAUGUCAACACCUCAAAUUUGAACUAUAUGAUGUAGAUUCUGCAAACGGUUCUUUGGAUCAACAGGAUUUUCUUGGUUAUUUGGAAUGUACCCUUGGAGAAAUCGUUGGAUGUGGUAGCAAAUUGGAAACGAAACUGCUCAGAGAUGCAGAGCGCUCAAAACUGGCCUGCAUAAGAGGAAGUGCAAUUGACAAUGGAAAAAUAAUCUUGCGAGCUGAAGAAGUGAAUAUCUGCAAGGACAAAUUAACUUUACAGUUCCAAGCUACUAACUUGGAUAAAAAAGAUUUCUUUGGAAAAUCAGAUCCCU